GAGGAAGCAGAGCAGGCCAAGCCCAUCACCGAGUGGCUGCAAGAUUUUGCGCCAUGCAUUGAGAAUGCAAAGGCCCAGAUGUCCCCGCAGUCCAGGGCAAUUCGGUCAAGUGCAGCUUGGCGUCGCAAGCUGUCUGCUUUGCCAACACACUAAUCAAAUUGAGAAGCCUGCGGCUCCUGCGAUAAGAGCUUCCAUUGGGUGCCUUUCCAACACUCACUUCCCAAAUUGUUCGCUACAUUCUUAAGGAAUGCAGGGAAACCAACCAUGCGGGUGUCUCGUUUGGAAGGGUGCCCAUAUUUAGGGGUCUUUAGGUUAACCAUCCGGACGCGUGCCCUGACUCAAAGGAGCUGGCCAUGUACACAAGCAAUGUGCGGUCCCUUCUCCAGGCUUGCAAGAAGGCCAAAGGCGACUUGGUACGAGAUGUGAACCGGGUCAGGUCAAUGAAAGAAAGGGCUGAAAGGGAGAAGGAACGGGCUGACAAGAAGCGAAAGGCAGCCGAGCUGAGUGCCAUUGCCGCUGACGAGCAGGCUGACAUUGAGCCUGGGAUCUUUGGCCUGUCCGUGUUUCAGUCAAUGAAGGAGACAAAUGCAGCAUGGGAGGGUCUUGUCCGAUUGGACUUUGGUGGAGGGGAGUCCGCCUUGGAGCAGUUUGACCCGUCUGAUCAGCCUUGCGUCUGCUUCGAGAUUGGCACGCCCUCCGAUAAGAGCUUUGUGUGUGACUCCAUGCCAGCCAAUGCUGAUUCGCCUGAAGAUGAGGCAGCCACAUGGACAGAAAAAAGUAUUGGCUUCCCAGAAUGGGAUGAAUUGCUAGACGCCACUGUGGUCCCAUCGGAUGCUAUGGUGAUGUUAGAGCAAUCUUGUUGGGCGACCUACCAGUACCUGAAGCAACCAGAGCUGCGAGCGAAGGACACUGACAGGAUUCUGUCAGCCAGCUUGAUGAGGACAACGGAGGAAUCCUUGUACAUUGGAGUGACAGACCUACUCUUCCCACAGCUGCACCUGUGCUUGAACGGCAAGCGCUGCAUGAUUGCAGCCCCCGUAGCAGGCCUUCUUGAGGUGUAUAAGAGAGAGAGCGGGAAGUCGGAGACUACCAGUGUGAGUGUGGUUGACCUGUGCAACAUGCUCACAGAAGGGGACCUGGAGAUUGUUCGCCAGGCCAAAGGUAUGUGGUGCACGAUGGAGCCAAACGUGGCCGUCGUCUUGCCUCCUGGGUGGAUCGUUGCAUCAGGCAGCUUGGAGAACAACACCGUGCACUUGCAAGUUCCCUGCGCGACAAGGCAACAGCUGGCUUCAAUGUCACCCAGCAUGUUCGAUACCUGCGCGCAGCUGACCACCGCCCCAAUGCUCCGGCUGGUCAACAGGUCUGUGAAGCAUGGCUUGGCCCUACGGAACCAGAUCCUUGCUGCCGCUGAGUCCUUGCUGCCAGAGGAGGCAGUGCUGCCAGAGCACGCCCCCCUUGCUGAUGCCAGCAACAAGCCAGGAGACAAGGCGCAAGACCUCAAGGCAGAGGUGAAGGCGUCUCCAUCGCCACAGACGGGUCAUUGGGAUACUUUUGCGGUCAACCCAUGCCAGGAGCCACUUUACUUGUCAGAGGGGGAGCGCAUUCUCAAGCAAAUGCAGGAUGAGAGGAAGAAAGGCUUGCUAGAACAGCUAGAGGAUGUUGCAAAACCAAAGAAACGCAGCCAUGACAACCUUGCCAAGCGGUCGAAGAAGGUGACUCGCAAGAUCAGGGGUGGUGAUGCGGAGGAGGAAGGGGACGAACAGGAAAUUACAUUGGAUACCCUGAUGAAGGGCGUCGCAGAUGCAGAUGCCGCAGACGCAAUCAGGGAGGCAAAAGCUGCCCUGGAGGCUGGCGAUGCAGAGACGGUGCCGACCGGGGACAGCCGCGCGCCAGCCCCGACUGAGGGCGAGGACAGUCCAGGACCAUGGAGCUUCCCAGCAGUCCACUGCCGCAGUGAACACUGUGGAAGCGCCUCCGGUCUUGACCAUGGAGCUUCCCAGCAGUCCACUGCCGCAGUGAACACGGUGGAAGCGCCUCCGGUGGCAGCUGCGUGUGCUUCUUCAGAUGACAAGGAGAAUGGUGCGCUUCACCAGCAUGGCGCCCGCGCAGAAGAGGUGGCCACCGCCAAGAUACAGGCUGAGCCGGCUGAGGAGAUGCCCGCUGUUGACAUUGGCACUGCUGCCCAUGACAAGGAGAAAGGUGCGCUUCACCUGCAUGGCUCCCGUGCAGAAGAGGAGAUGGCCACCGUAAAGACACAGGCGGCUGAGCCGCCCGCUGUUGACAUUGGCGCUGCUGCCCAUGACAAGGAGAAUGGCGCGCUUCACCAGCAUGGCUCCAGCGCAGAAGAGAUGGCCACCGCCAAGAUACAGGCUGAGCCGGCUAAGAUGCCCGCUGUUGACAUUGGCACUGCUGCCCAUGACAAGGAGAAUGGCGCGCUUCACCAGCAUGGCUCCAGCGCAGAAGGGAUGGCCGCUGCCAAGACACCGAGACGGCUGAGCCGCCCGCUGUUGACAUUAGCACUGCUGCCCAUGACAAGGAUAAUGGCGCUCUUCACCGGCAUGGCUCCCAACAGAUGACCACCGCCAAGACACAGGCUGAGCCGGCGACCGCUGUUGACACUGGCACUGCUGCCCAUGAUGAGAAGGAGGCGGCCGCUGCCAAGAAGCAGGCGCCCGCCGUUGACAUUGGCACUGCUGCCCGUGAUGACAAGGAAGCUGCCGCUGAACUUGCCACCAACAAAUCUGGCGCCGAGCCGGGUGAGAUGAUGCCUGUUCCCGCGUCCCGUGCUGGGCGCAAGAGGGAGGCAAAGCUGGGAAACGGUUUGCAAGGUUUGGCAAAGCCUAAGGCCAAAAGCAAAUCCAAGGCAUUGGCCAAGCCGAAGGCGAAGCCACAGUAUGUGCCACUUUCGCAUGCGUUUAAGGGCAAUGCUGCUGCUCGCGCGACCCCACGAAAGUGAGUUGAUCCCAGCUGAUUUUUGGGU